UCAAAAACGCUGUUAUCUUAACGUGUCGAGUGGUUUCCCCAUACCUAUCAAGUAUAUAUAUCACUGUACGUCAGUCUUUGCCAAAUAAUCGUUGCGAGAAGCCCUCAUCUUUUAUUAUUUGUUGACUUUGAAAUCAACUUCAAAUCACCAACUUCUGGACUUGGGACCGCAGGAGAACGUUCGUUUCAUUACAAGCAGGAACGCACAAGUGCCCACCUUUAUCAAAAUGGGUAUUCUUGCACGUGCUACGAGAAUGGAACGAUGAUACAACGCGCGGCUGUGCGGUACAUGUAUACACCUGUACUGGGUACAUUGGCCAACCAUACUCUGAUGUUCAUGCAACGAUGGUAAAACGAACUAAAAUUUUUACUCGACUUAAAACUGAACAACAAUUUCUGCUCAGUUUGAAGUAACACUUGGCUGACACUCUGUGUAAAAUUCGGCUCUGCUAAGUGCAUACUCCAUCAGCCAGUAUUGUGUCAGUGGGCCUGUGUUAAAUCCAUCACUGGUAGUACGUUCCUGUAAUUCACUAGAUCGUGCGUUGUAGCAGGAUUCUCUUGAACCAGCCUAGCAACGACCAACAAUUAGCUGCAGUUGGCUUAGCAACGGACUGGCAACCGCAGUGCCCGCUGUGGCCUUGGGCAGAACGGAUGAGCGCCCAUGAAAAGGCAUCACCAAUCCGGGGGAGAGACUGCUUGCAGUUGGAUUGUGUCCCUGAGCUUUGGUAAACAGUCGGAAAAAGCUUCCCCCGAAAGCCGGUCCAGGCCUUUUGUACUCUCUACAGGUGGGUAGAGUUUGACGCACUCGCACGCAGACAGAAAUCUGCAGCGAGGCCAUCGCCACUUGUGAGGACUGUGUUCGUAGUAACGAAGGUAUGGCAUCUGUCGACGCGGAGUCGGCAAAGGCACCGGAGAUGAUGGGCGCCGACAACAACGCGGUGAGCACGGAGCUUACUGCUGAUCCAGCUGCCGCUGAACUCAGGGAAAGCGACAUUUUACCCGGAAAGGAAUCUAUCCAGUUGGUACCACAGUCGACUGCCAUCCAGAAAACACCUGCCCUGUGUACAGCUACUGCCAAGUGGAAAUCGAAAAUAUCCAGCGCUAAGGCUUCUGAAGUGUUACCUUCAGGGGAGAACAAGCCCGCUGAUAUGGAGGAUGGCGAUGCAAAAACCCAUCCUCUUUCUCCAAACGCGCCAGACAUAAAGGGGGACACUUCCAAGGACGAGGGAUCCCCUUUAGUGGGGCCGUCUUCGCCUGGCCAUCAGCCCAAUGGAUCCGCCGCUCACCACGGGGAGGCCAACAAGAUGAUACGACCCUCCAUAUCCAUCACCGAGGCGCCGCAGGUGGGGCGGCCGCCCAGUCGCAUCUCGGGCCGGGCGUCGGCCUCCUCACUGUCCAUGCUGGCCACCGAGUCGGGCAAGCUGCUCCAGGCCGUGCCGUUAGCAACGGGAGGACCAUCUGGGCAGCAGCAGGACAUUCAGUUAGCCACGCUGAGGAUCAAUAACCACUCCUUACUGGCAGCCAUUCCGUACAUGCACGUCGGACUGGCUUACAUGUGUCUCAUCCUCAACAUCUUUGUACCCGGCUCCGGUACCCUGAUAUCCGGUUUCAGUCUGUUCUGCUGCAAGGCGCAGCCCCAGCAACACACCAAGAAGGACGAGCUCAUCAACUCUUUCUGCACCAACGUGUGCGUGGCCGUCUCACAGCUCUUUACCGUUCCCUUCCUGCUGGUUGGCUGGAUUUGGAGUGUCACGUGGGGAGUAUUCAUGGUUCAAUUUGCAAUCGAAUACAGAAACUACAAGAGAAACGAAAAGAAGAUAUCCACUGCGAAGGCCGUCACCAAGGCAUUUAUGGGGCGGUGAAUCUAGACACGAUUGACCAGACGGAGCGAUGUCGGAUACAGUGCUCCCACUUGAUUAAUUGGAAGACAGCAGUCUUGAUGUCUGAAUCACGGAUUGUCUCCGUAAUGUGGCCUCCACAAAAAUAAACAUUCUUGUCAAAUACACUCCAAGACCUAGACGGAUUUUCAAACAGAUGGACUAAACCAGCGAGAAAAUUACCAGACCAAUCCACAACAAAUUUAAUGUUUGAGGAUGCGCCGAGAAGAAAUGUUCCUUUUGAAUUAGAGGUUAAUCUUUUCAAGCGGCGGGGAUUGAUGGUCUAGCAGCUGGAAAAUGGCUCCUUUCAGGCUCGAUCAGGUUUCACGAAGUACUGUAAUAGGCCCAAAUAUCUGCCAUUUGGUAUACAGGGCCAACACAAAAAACUGUAGCAUCAUGAUAAAGGUCUACAGGAGAAUAAUAUCCAUACAACUGCAAUGAAGUGGCGUCUGUUUUGUUUCAUGGACAUAGGUCAACAAUGACCUGUAUAUAUUUACUGUAUUACUGAACAGUCUUUGCAUGAACUAUCAACUGUGAAAUAAAAAAGUGCAGACAUUUAAUAGAUACGUUGGGUGACUAACCAAAAUUUUCCAAGGUUUAAAACUAGUGUAAAAAAUAAACGUCAGCGGCACAAAGCCAAUUAAUAUCACUGAUUACUUGCAGUACCGGUUUACUCUAUUGGAUUAGAGCCAACUAUACUCGGUGGUCGAGUGGCUCACACAUUCAGCUCUAUCGUGCAGGAACUCGUGGGUCCUAAUCUCAUGUGAGGAAGCUGGUGAUUAUAUGGGCAACUCUCGGUCAGUGUAAAGGGGAAACUUACAGCCAAUCACAAAUAUCGCUGAUCCACAAUAUAAUAACAAGGGUCCAACUUGCACUGGGGAAGCUUAGGGCCUCAUUUGGCUAGAGCCAUCAUCCAAUGAUCAUACAUGACAACAUUCUGUCUUCUAAUUCUAACCAUGUCUCAUGGCUCUCCUGUCCGUCUGCGAUGCCACGAGUGAUCAUGGGCGUCGCCAGGAAUUGUUUCCGGCGGCCGAAGCACUCAUUUACCAAAGAACGGUGGAAUCGAUCAAUUCCGAGGUAUUUCAGAAAGUUGGCGAUUCACGUCCCUUACCCCCUUCGCUUAUCGUUUCCUUCUUUUCUUUUCCUUUCUUUUCUUUCCUUUCCCCUUAUUGCACAGGGGGAAUACGCCCUCUUGUCCUCCGCCAAGCCCAUGCUGGUGAUCCACCACAUGAUAAUAAUUAUCUUUAAUACAUGUGCAAGAGAAGAAUCCAUCACUAUCCUUUCAGGUAAUUGCGAUGUCAUAUGCGGGGGCACAAGUCUGAAAUCCACCAAUAGCAUAUUUGAACACCGACUCAUGUUUGGAUUUGCAUUAGAAAUACAUCUCCGAGGCACAAAGCGUGCAUUUACAUUGUAUAUGUAAAUAUAUAUUGUCUCCCAUAUAUUGUCACUAGUGAGAUUUAUGGGAGAUCACAAUUAAUGAUUGUUUAAAAUUGUGGUGUACAGUACACAGUUGAAAUGACGGUACAUCAAAUUUUGGAUGGGUGAAGAAUUUAGUCGGUUGUGUUUUAUUAAUAAUUCAGGUAAAAGAAAUAUUUAACUCUUUUAUUAAUAAGGAAAACACAACGUGAGCACGUGCAUGCCCACUUCCAAUAUAAACCCAUAAGUUGGUAGGUAGAAGAAUGGUAUGUUUUGAAGAUUUCGUUUAAUAGAAUAAGGUGGUAUAUAAUUUAUGACCACUCAUGUUAAAUUGGCUACAUGUACAACUAUAUUAUUCUGCAAUACUGUGAUGUUCACAUUUAAAGUGCAGUAUUAAAUAUACAUGUGUAUACUCUCAUAGACGUAGGCAGUAUUUUUUAAACUUGUAUGUAAAUGGAUACACGUGUAAACAUUUUGAAGUUAUAUAUUUUGUGGAUUUACAUGUAUAUGUGGAAAUAAGAUAUUCUCGAAACUGCAAUAUCAAGACGCUUCAGUUAAUGGGUUUGGUAAUUAGCCAAAACACAA